AUGAGUUUUAGUAAACUAUACAAACUUGAUAAAAAUAAGAACUUAAAAGAUGUGAAAGAAGAAAGUUUGGAAGGUCAAGAAAACGAAUUAGUUAGAAAUAUUAUUUUAAAAAAUUUUCAUAAACUUUUCGAUUAUCUAGAAUUAUUUAAUGAGGGAAAGCCAUUCUCCUUGCCUCAUGGUCCUAAAAAAAGAAUUCCUGAUUCAUUGGCUUUUUGUGAGAAGUUAGGAAAACGGCUAUAUAUAUUUGAAUAUAAGAGCAAAAUAGACCGAAAUAUAAUCGACCAAACUAUAAAGUAUCGCAAUGCACUACAAGAAAAUAAUGAUAGUGACUUCAGGCAUAAGGCUAAAAUUAUUUGUAUUGCUCCGCAAUUUGAUGAUGAAACCAGAGAAAGAGAAAGCAAACAAGAAGAAAUUUAUUUGAUAGAAAUGUCUAUGUAUAAUCUAAAAAAUGAAACAUUAAUUGAAUUAAAAGGAAAGCAUGAGGAGAUAAUAAAUUUGUCAACAAUAACAGAUGAAACUGACAAAGAGCAUUCAGAUUUUAAGGAAACUGGGGAAAUUUCUCUACUUUUAUCAUCUAAAUACAAACCACGAUUGACUGAGGAAGCCAAAAGAUGA